CGAGGGGGGUGUAAACCUUCAUUGCCACCACUCCUCACCCCUUCAAACACCAGCCUCCCCACCAGCGACAGAUACUCCAGCGACCACCACGCCCAGAAACGCAGGAGCACAAUAAUGUCUCUCAUGGAGAAAUCCCGCAUCCCGAACCCCCAAUUCGUCCAGUUCAUGAUCUCCAACGGUCUCUCCUGCUCCGGCCCCGACGUCUCCCGCAUCCCCAACUAUGCCCAGAAAGAACGGCUGCGCAAGAUGUCUGAAUCGGUCUGUGCGGUGUGGAGGGUGAGGAGGCAGUGGGGGAGGUAUCCCCCUUGGGGGAUUAUGGUGUAUCAGGCGGAUGGACUUUGUGAUGCUUGUGAGUGAUAUUUCUCUUGCUUUUGUGGUGGGGUUGAAUGAGGUGGGAUGGGAGGAUUUGGGUGACGCUGGAGUGGGUGAAGCGCGGUAUUUCGCAGCUCUGAUGAG